UCCUGCACAUGCGCAGACCGUCGCUGCUGCAGUUUGAGGAAGUUUCACUUUUUACUCUGAAACUCACCUGAGCUCAUUUAGCAGCUUCCUGUUUGUUUGUUUGUUUGUUUGUUUGUUUGCACUAAACCUCCGACACCACCUGGAGCUUCGACAGGACGCGGCAGAUAUGACGUCAGCAUCUGACCUGGAGCAGCUCGCGGACAUUGAGCUGCAGAGGGAGGAUGAGGAGGAUGAGGAGGAAGAUGAUCAGACGUGUGUCACAGAUGCUCCGCCCUCAGUCCUCCCUGACUCCUCCCACCCGUACUACGACGUGGCUCGACACGGCGUGGUGCAGGUCUCAGGAGACGACCGGUACGGCAGGAAGCUGAUCGUCUUCAGCAGCUGCUGUCUGCCUCCAUCGCACCAGCUGAACCACCAGCGGCUGCUCCAGUACCUGAAGUUCACGCUGGACCAGUACGUGGAGAUGGACUACAUCCUGGUUUACUUCCAUCACGGUCUGAGGAGCAGCAACAAGCCGUCCAUGAAGUGGUUACGAGAAGCGUACAACGAGUUCGACAGGAAGUACAAGAAGAACCUGAAAACUCUUUACGUCGUUCAUCCCACGAACUUCAUCCGAAUCGUCUGGAACAUCUUCAAACCUCUGAUCAGCCACAAGUUCGGGAAGAAGUUGACCUACGUGAACUUUCUGGACGAGCUGAGAGAACACGUGAACUACGAGCAGCUCGUCGUCCCACCGGACGUCCUCAGACAUGACGAAAAGUUACGAGCGGCUCAGAAAGGCGGAGCCCCUCCCCCAGUGAAGAGGCCACCGCCCCGCCCCCCCCUGCCCACUCAGCAGUUUGGAGUCAGUCUUCAGUACAUCAGAGAGAAGAACCGGGACGAGCUGAUUCCUCCGGUGCUGCUGCAGACGGUUCGAUACCUGAAGGACAACGGUCUGAGGACAGAGGGACUCUUCCGGCGCUCGGCUCGUGUUCAGCUCAUUAAGGACGUUCAGAAGCUCUAUAACCUCGGGAAGCCUGUGAACUUUGAUCUUUACGGUGACGUCCAUGUUCCGGCUGUGAUCCUGAAGACGUUCCUCAGAGAACUCCCUGAACCCGUGCUCACGUUCCGAGUCUACAGCCAAGUCCAGGACAUCCUCAAUGUGGAGAACAUCCUCCGUGUGACGACGUGUAAACAGAUUGUUGAAAGUCUUCCUGAACAUAACUUCAUCGUGUUGAAGUUUCUGCUGAGCUUCCUCCGCAUGGUGUCUCAGGAGAGCAUCAGUAACAAGAUGAGUGCGUCCAACCUGUCCUGUGUGUUCGGGGUGAACCUGCUCUGGCCUCGUCACGGUUCCAUCUCCCUCACGGCUCUGACGCCCAUCAACAUCUUCACCGAGCUGCUCAUCGAACAUUUCCUCACGGUGUUCGCUUCUCGCCGUCCGGCUGGAGAAGUGGAGCCGUGAGGCAGCAGGUCGGCGCCGCUCUGGAUCCUCCAACACGCCGCUCUGGAUCCUCCUUUAGUUUGAAAAAGAGCAGAUUGACUGAACCCUCCUCAGCCGGUGUCUCCAGAGGUUGAACCCUCCUCAGCCGGUGUCUCCAGAAGUUGAACCCUCCACUCUGAGGAUUUGAUGCUUCACUGUCGAGCUGCUCGGAGCUCGUUACUUCUUUGUAUUCCAGGUGUUAGCUGAGCUGCUUGUUUUCUUCACCUUCUCCACCCCAGUUCAUUCUGACAUCGUCCGGUCGACAAACCGUAAACACAAAACAGGCCUUUAAAUAAAUAAAUAGCCAUUCAUUAAUGUUUGAAUUCACAUUUCAGCUUCUGACCUUUGACCUUUUUAUACUAAAAUGCACAAACACUCACUGGAAUCAAAGGAUUUGUUCUUGAAUUUGUUUAUUAAUGAUUCAAUUUUUUGUAAGAACUUGGUACAAAAAAGUGAGACUACUCUUUAACCAUUUACCAACGUCCAUCCAUCAAGUUGUUAAUGCAUCAUAAAGAAGAAAAAACUACAUUGGCAUAUUUAAGACAAACACUUUCCUAUACACACUAUCCACUGGACAGUCCCCUUAGCAAUGACAAAGAAACUUCUACUUCAACAGACAUUUUCAUUUCCAUCUAAACGCCCUCGUCUCGUCGGCGCCUCCUUGUGGCGUAAAUCAUACAAAGAGUCAGAAUGCAGAACCAGCAAACCAUAGAAAUGUUCUGUUCUUUUUUUUGCUCCUUGAUAAAAGAAUAUAAAAUGUU